AUGGCUGAUGACAGGCAGCAUCCAAACCAAGCACCACCAACAGCAAGGACCAGGGGCAGCCACGGCCACCAUGGCCGUGGUGGUACCGGUGGCGGCGGAAAUGGUGCGGGACGACGAAGGGAACGGCAUGAGAAGCUACGGCUGAACAAGCCGAAGCGUGCACCGCCUGCACCGCCUCCGAUGUCGCCCGGCUCCACCGCCGGCACCACCAGCACCGCCAGCACCACCAGCACCACCAAACAGCAGCCGCAGCAGCUACAGAAAGCGGCGUUGCCGCAGCGUGGAGAUCAUGGCGCAGGGAAGCAAUCACAACGCACCGGCAACAAGCAGGCGCCAUCGCCGUUCUCGCACAGCAACCCGUUCAAUCCGUUUGCUCAGGAUAUGGAUGCUGAGGAACCGCUGAAGCCCAGAGCCACGAAAGGCUGCAGAGCUGAUGACCAGUUCAACACGGAGGUCGCCUUUGACACUGCAGGUGCUGAUGGCGAUGCGGCAGCAAAUCGCGGCGGCAAUGCAAGUGCAGAUGCUACUCGCAGCGGUAGCUGCUGUGCUAGCAGUUAUGGCCGUGCAAGUAGCGCCGAUGACAGCUGGCUGGAAGAGGCUGCCCGCAUGUUCAGCUGCAGCUCCGCCAGCACGCCAUCUGCAAGAAGCAGCAACGGCCGCAUCAGCUACAACGGUGCAAGCCAGGAUUGCCCAACCACGACCACAACCACAACCACGACCACGGCAGCGAUGGCCAUGGAAGCGACGACGGCGAUAAAGACGACAGCAUCUCAAUCAGGCAGCGCGGUUCUUCCCACACGCCCUUCGCCAUCGCAGGCGUUAUCCACGCUCCAGCACCACCAGCAGGCACAGUCUCGUUCGACUGGUGCAACCGCGAGCAGCCCGGCUGCAGUGGAGCGCCCAGGUGAUCAAGCCGCCACCGAUCACCACGCACACGACCGACGCGUUGGCAGUGCCAACGGCCACAGCAACAGCGGCAGCAGUGGCGCGAGCACCGGCACCAGCUCAUCGCCAUCGCGGCGGGCGUCCCCCGCGCAGGACGCGGCGUCGUCGGCGCAGCGGCACCAACCGCGCGUGCUCAUUCGCGACGGCAAACCGGUCGUUAUGCACGCUGCCAUCGACAACCUUACCAUGGAGCAGCGGCUCCAGGUCCUCCUCGCCGUCAAGGACGGUGUUCUGUCACAGGAUGAAGCACUAACGCUCGCAAAAGAGAUUGAGGAUGCCGUGUUGGCCAAUGACAGCACACGCGUUCAGGAACUCCUGCGCAAAACCAGACCGCCGAUGAUCACAUCGAAAGACAUUGUCAUCCCCACUGAUGGUCCGGACAAUGCGGGCCCACAAGCCACCUCCACCUCCCAAGUACAGGAGGACAUUGACGCGGAGUGUUUGGCCAUGCUGUCGAACUCACAGCGCCUCAAACUCUUGCAAAGCGUGGCCUCUGGCGAAAUGACCAUGACACAAGCGCUUGCAGCGGCGCAGACGCAAAUCGAGGCUGCGAAAUGGCUGCACGAUGUCACUGUCAGCACCACCCCGCCAUCCAGAAGGCGAUCGUUUCUGCGACAUUUGUCGCUGUCGAGUACAAAGCGGCCGCAGCAGCAGCCACGCCCGCAGCGGCGACGCAGCGCCGAGAGCCAACGACACCUGCGCACCGCAGUCAGCGAGCCCGCUGUCCGCUUUGAUCUGGAUGACCGGACCGUCGGCGUGAUCCGCAUUCCGCCAACGAAGGACGGGCACCGCAUUCGUGGCGACGGCUGCUCGCAUGCGCCCGGUGCCGACGACGGUGAUGGCGGCGAUGGAGACAGCGCGAAUGAUGACAACAACGACUCGGAAGACGACGAUGAUGACGACUUUGGACUCACACAACUCCCAUCCUUUGACAGCGAGGAAGAAGACUUUGCUGCCGGCAUUGAAGUCACGCCCAUCGCCUCAAAGCGACCUUGACUGCCAACUUACUGUUACUCGCCUUUGUCUGUCGUUGUUAUGCUUUCUCUGCUGUGUUCACUUCAUUUAUUGCACCCCGCUGUUCAUACGUCGUUUGUUACCCC